UUAAUAUGAAGAACUCGAAGUAAAAAAAAAAAUCAUUUCAUUUCAUAUUUAAAUUCGAGAAAGUCGAUGAGAAUUCGAUGCAAAAGCUGUGAUAAAUCUGUAUGAAUUUCUUUGAAAUAUCUAUGGUGUGUUUGCGUGCUUGAUUUAUGCAUGCUUCGUGAUUGGUCUUUACUGGGAUCUGGACUGUUGGAUGGGGUUAAUAGGAAGUCGAUGAAUCGGUCGUGAUUUCUGAGAUUAGGUUUUUCUUCUCCAUUUGAGUGGUCGUGAUCUGGACUGUUGCAUCUGGCAGCCUCUCCAGCUUAACAACUGACUGUCUUCUGCAUCACCACCAUCUCCGCCGAAACUGACGCCCGAACCAUCUUGUAUGUCACCGUCCGGCGCUGCCAACCACAACCGACCACCAUUUACAGGGUCCCUGCCGGUGCUACUGCCCACGACCCUGCUGUCCCUGCUGCGUCCUCCUUCCGGCUUGUGUUGCACGGAACACACAUACUAUAUUCUGUCUUGGUGUGUAUUGUUGGAAGAAAGGGUUAUUGAAGAUUUUUAGGGCAUUCUAUGGACUAGAUUGCUAUGAUCCGGCAAUAGCCAUCCUUUUGUCCUUUCACUUCAAUCGUCCAGUGAUUUGGUGUGGCCCUGUCCUGUGCCCUUUCUUGACCUGCUGCUGCUCCACGUCUUCCAUCUCAAUAGCAUCAAGACGAGGAUUGUGGGAUAUAGUUGAUGGAAUCGACUCUAUUCCUACAAUGGAUCAUUUUCUAACAAGUGGUCAUCUUGAUAUCUCUAGAGAUGGAAGGAGAAUUGCAGACUUCACCAGUAUUAGAUUAUUCCAUUGACGAUGAUGACUCGAAGUACUUUGCUGGGCUCAGCACCAUAUUGGUGGCUACAAUUCAGGAAGUUAAAGACAGGAUUUCGCAGAUAGAGUUUAUCUUCUGCAGCCAGCUCUUCCCUAAUUUCCAGUCAAGAACUAGAAGCUUGAGGAAAAAGCUUGUGGAUGCCAGGAAAGCUGCAGAAGAUGACUGGAAAAAGAAGGAAAACUCUCUCUUACAUCAAAUAGAAGAGCUCCGGCAUGAAAAGCUUCUUGCAGAGGAACAAAACCAGCAUAUUCUAGCUUCGCUUGAAGGGGAGAAGGCGAAGUUAUCAAAUACUGAACAGUUACUGCACAUGUAUGAAACUGAGAAGAAAGAACUACUGGCCAAACUAGAAAGUCUAGAGAAGAACAGAGAGGUCGCUGAGCUCCAAGAACAACUUAGGCAGAAAGCUGAAGAAAAGGACAAGGGAAAGGAAUUGGAAGAGCAGCUGCUGCAACAGAUUGAUCUGAAAGAUCGUGAGCUGUUGGGUGAACAGAAUAAAAGAAAAGGAGCAACUGCUCAAUAUGUAAAGUUGAAAAAAUCUUUUAAAGAAUUGAAAUCUCAGUACAACUUUCUCCUCAAAAGGUCCUGUUCUACCGCAGAAAAUAAGCUCGCACACAACAGGAUGGAAGAGGAAAGGGAUUCAUCAAGGCAUCAUCAGAUUCAGCAAGGUUCACCAGGUUCUAGAAGUGAAAAUCCAGAUACCACACGGAUUGCUACCAAACCAAAUGAAGGGAAGAAUGAAACCGGUUUUCCCGAAAAACUGGAUGAUGAAAAGGGUGCCAGAUCAAUUCAAAAUUUGGACACCAACUGCAAUGUCAAGCUGCCUUCCACUUCCAAUUCCUUCCAUGCACAAAAGAGCCCCGUAAAUGCAAAAUGUGAGUUGUUAGCUGGAGUAAAGAGAUCAUCUUCAUGUUGGAGAGACACUCGGUUACGGCAAGAACCUGGCGGUGCAGAUCCGCACGAUGAUUUUCUUGACACUCCCUUGGAGAAUGCUAAGAUAAACAGGAACAAAGCCCCAAAGGGAGAUGUUCUAGAUAUUCCAGCCCCAGCACCAAAAGACAUGGAUUUUGAGAACUCGGAUGAUGAAACACAGGAUCUAAAUGCUGAUGGGACACCACCAAAGCAGCAUGUCUCAAUUCCAAGGCCAGAGAACAGAGGUUUUAAGUUUGUGGAACCAGUAAGGAAGAAAGCUGAGAGGGAGAAUUUGAAGGGAGUUGAAUGCAAGCAAUGCAAGAAAUUUUAUGAUGCUGUUCUUCCUGACGGAGACAGACACACCGUCAAUGACAACAACAAUAACAUCAAUGGUGGUCACAAUAUUCACUGUGAGCACCAUGAUGGGGUUUCGAGGCAUCGGUAUAGGUAUGUUCCUCCCAUGACUCCAGAAGGAUUUUGGAAUAUUGGAUUUGAUUCAGACAUUUAAGUGUUUUUCUUUCCUUUAAAGAGUGAAAUUCAUUCAAUCCAAGCUUUGCUA